AUGACAAAAUGGGUUUCGCGUCUCGCUUUGGGCUUGGUGUUGGUCUCGAUGUGCCUACUGCUGGAUGCUAUUAAGCACCGUUGGUAUGUCUUGGACCCCUCCAGUCUGCACGAAUUAGCCCAGGCAGCUAUUGCCUCCUCGCCUGAUGAUACUGCUGGAAUGAUUGAGCACAUUGUCUCGAACCUCACCGCCACAUAUCCAUCCUCUACGAUUGCUCUGAACACAAAGUCUAGUGAAUGGGUGUUCAAUAAUGCUGGCGGUGCAAUGGGCGCAAUGUACAUCAUCCAUGCCAGCAUCACCGAAUAUCUCAUCAUCUUUGGAACUCCUUUGGGUACAGAAGGACAUACUGGUUUGCAUACGGCCGAUGAUUACUUCAAUAUUCUUGUCGGAGAGCAAUGGGCAUUCAGUCCAGGUCAAUUAGAAAUGGAACGAUACCCUGCAGGAAGUGUUCAUCACCUUCCAAGAGGAACCGCAAAACAGUAUAAGAUGCAUAAAGGAUGCUUUGCACUGGAAUACGCGCGCGGCUGGAUUCCUCUUAUGCUCCCAUUUGGCUUCGCUGAUACCCUCACAUCGACAUUGGAUAUACCCACUCUAUAUCAUACAAUUAGAGUGACCGGUCGCGAAAUACUUCGCAACUUGUUCAUCGGCAAAAUCUAA